CGGCGAACACAUUUUGCGUGAAUUAUAUCUGUUCCCCGUUUUUCGCCAGACACUUCUUUCUUCUACACAGACAAAACUCGUCAUGUGCAAAAAGGCAACUUGUGAUACCUGCGGCAAGCGCUCCUGGUGGGGAUGCGGAUACCAUAUUCCCUCCGUCAUGGACUCUGUCCCAGAGGAAGAACGAUGCAAAUGUGAGCCCGCAGUUAAAGUAGAAGGCAAGGACUAUCCGCCAAAGGCAGGAAAGCCGGACGAGUAGUGUUUCGCUUGCACAGAUUGUGCAUCAUUUUAUGAACAGAAGGCAUAGAUGGAUUGUAGAGAAGUAAGGCAUGUAGUUUGGAAGGGUUGUUCAGCAAAUAAAGGCUUAGUUGAUGUUUUGA